GUGACAGCCAUGGGGCCCGGGGCGUCGGGGCUGGGCCGCCUGCUGCUGGUCGCGUCUGUGGCCCUCACACUGCCCACGGGGCCCCCAGGCUCGAGAGGAGCCCGGAUCAUUGGGGGCCACGAGGUGAAGCCCCACUCCCGGCCCUACAUGGUGUCUGUGACCUUCGCGGGCCAGCACCACUGUGGAGGCUUCCUGCUCCGCGCCCGCUGGGUGGUCUCCGCCGCCCACUGCUUCAACCACAGGGACCCCCGGACGGGCCUGGUGGUGCUGGGGGCUCACGUCCUGCACAGCUCGGAGCCCACACAACAGGUGCUCGGCAUCUCGGCUGUCGUCAGGCACCCGGACUACCAGCCCGCCACCCACGCCAAUGACAUCUGUCUGCUGCAGCUCAACAGCUCGGCCGCCCUGGGCCCUGCGGUGGGGCUGCUGAGGCUGCCACGGAGGGACGCCGCGCCCCCCCGGGCUGGCGCACGCUGCCAGGUGGCGGGCUGGGGCUCUGUGUCCGACUUCGAGGACCUGCCGCCGGGGCUGAUGGAGGCUGACGUCCGCGUGCUGGGCCUGGACAUCUGCAACAGCUCCUGGAAGGGCCAGCUGAGCCCGGCCAUGCUCUGCACCCACAGCGGGGACCGCCGGAGGCGUGGCUUCUGCUCGGCAGACUCCGGGGGGCCUCUGGUGUGCAGGAACCGGGCACAUGGCCUGGUCUCCUUCUCUGGACUCUGGUGCGGCGACCCCAAGACCCCCGAUGUGUACACGCAGGUGUCUGCCUUCGUAAGCUGGAUAUGGGAUGUGGUUCGAAGGCCCAAAUGGCCCGCAGCCCAGUCCCCUGCCCAGAGCCACUGGGCUCCUGAAGGAAGCGCCUGAACCACAACAGAGCUGGGCGCACAGGGAGGUGGUGACGACUCAGACAGCUCCCGCCUGGAAGGUCCAUGCUG